AUGUUGCUUCAGGUCUCAACUAAAGACACCGAUAUGGCAAACAUGCUAUUGAACUGUGUGCCCGUCUAUGCAAUGAUACCGUGGAUGUUUUACAUUGAGGCUUUCUUCAUCUGUUGUAGGCAUAUGAGAAAUUUGAAGUUUAGGAAAUACGGCUCCUUAAUCAAGGCCAUUUACAGAUUCACUACGGCCAAAAUUAUGCUCCUACAGGGGGCGGUUGACGAGUUGAGGUUAAAACAUGUAAUCAAAGAAUCCUUACGACUACAUCCUCCGGUUCCUCUUUUAGCUCCUAGAGGAUCCAUGGAUAGAUGCCAAAUUUAUCCGUAUGACAUACCAGCAAAAACACAUGUCAUUAUUAAUGUAUGGGCUAUUGGGAGGGAUCCUGAGUAUUGGCUUGAGCCUGAGAAGUUUUAUCCCAAAAGGUUUGAAGAUUCAUUGAUUGAUUACAAGGGAAGCAACUACGAGUUGCUUCCCUUUGGCGCGGGUAGGAGAGGGUGCCCGGGCAUGGCAUUAGGUGUAGCUAUGUGUGGAAUAGUGUAA